GCAACGCUUUCGCCUUUCGUACUUCGACGUGUUGACUGACUUUAGUGAAGUUGAAGUUACAGAAAAAACACAAGUUAAAUAGAGAAGAAUAGCAGGCAAUGGCACACCAGACGGUGCAACCGAUACUGGUGCACUUCGGCACCCUAUUUACAUUCUGCAAGCUGCUCGGCCUUUAUCCACAUAAUUUGCAGGCAUUCCGAAGCGUACACUCGCUGCAAAGCAGCAAAAUUGGCACUGCAAUUGUUGUUGCCACUAUGCUUGCUAUUGUUGUACUUUACAAUUUGCUCAUAUACUUUUUCUCGAGCGAGGAUCACGAAUUGAAAGCUUCACAAAGCACGCUGACCUUCGUCAUUGGCAUAUUUCUGACGUACAUCGGUCUCGGCAUGAUGAUCACCGAUCAGUUGUCCGCUUUGCGCAAUCAGUCGAAAACUGGCGAGCUCUAUGAACGCAUACGCGCCGUUGACGAACAGCUCUUGAAGGAGAAUGUGUACGUAGACAUUUCGAAGACAGCGAAAAACAUACUUUUAAUGAUCGUACUCACGGUCGUCUGUGAACUGAUCAUUUUGAUAUCCACCUAUAUAACGUUGGUUGAGCUCACGGACUGGAAGGCGAUACUGUGGCUGUUUUCUUGUUUUCCAACCCUUUACAAUUCGUUGGACAAGAUUUGGUUUGCGAACACUUUGAGUGCUUUGAAGCAACGCUUCUUUGUUAUCAACAUGGCGCUCGAAGACAUGGUCGAGUCGCAUGAGCGACUUAAGCGUUGGACCGAAAACGGUGGUGAUGGUGGUGGCCAGAUUUUUCGAAGACCAUCCAUUGCGAAUGUCUCAAUCGAUCCGUCGCUGGAAUACUUGUAUAAAGAGCUUACUCACAUGGAGGCGGUUAAGGCGUACAAUAUGGCGCGGAAUAAAAUUUCACCAAUCGCACACUCCCUAAACUCAUUCGGCGAUGCACUGGAGACACCAAAGAAGCCGUAUAAAUACACCAGCCAACCGCCAACAUUCAAUAUGGUCUACGAAAGCGAACUCAAUAAGGAUAUCGAAAAGGUGGAGGAGAAACUAAACAAUUUGUGUCAAUUGCACGAUGAAAUCUGCGAAAUUGGCAAACUGGUGAACGAGCUAUGGAGCUAUCCGAUAUUGGUGCUAAUGGCCUACGGUUUUCUCAUCUUUACAGCACAAUUGUAUUUCUUGUAUUGCGCCACGCAAGGCCAAGCCAUACCAUCGCUGUUUCGCUCGGCGAAGAGCCCCGCCAUAACGACCAUUUUCCUCAGCUACACCGCCGGCAAAUGCAUCUAUUUGAUUUACCUCAGCUGGAAGACGUCGCUCGAGUCGAAACGCACCGGCAUUUGCCUGCACAAAUGCGGCGUCGUGGCCGACAAUAAUUUGCUCUACGAAAUUGUCAACCACUUAUCACUCAAAUUACUAAAUCACUCAGUUGAUUUCUCUGCUUGCGGUUUCUUCACCCUGGACAUGGAGACGCUCUAUGGCGUGAGUGGCGGCAUUACGAGUUACCUCAUAAUUUUGAUACAAUUCAAUUUGGCGGCCCAGCAGGCCAAGGAUGCCUCAAAUGCUGCGGAGACAAAUUACAAUACGAUGCUCACCACAGAGGCUGGCAACACCACAGCGCUGAUGGACUACUUCACCACCACCUUUAUGCCGUACGCACAAACCGAUCUCUAUUAGUGCUGCGUGGCGCUGCUGCAUACGUAUAUGUCUGUGUUUGUGUUGGCAAAAUCUUUACAGGCUGGCGAUUCAUUUGAGAUUUAAAUUGCCAUAAAUUUUGCACAUUUAAUUCACUAUUAAUCAAACACUUUGAAAUUCAAUGCGUCGAUAUAUCAAUUUUACCGUGUCUUUGUAUUUUGUAGUGUGUGUACAUCUCUCUUAUAUAGAUAUAUUUACGAAUGUCAGAUUUAUUGCUUCACAUAAAUACAGUUGAGUGCAUAAACUCUUA